UACUUAUUGAACUAAGUAUAUCCUCUCCGCUUUUAGCUUAAUGCUCAGUUACGACCGUGCGGAGCGACCUACUGUCACGAAAGAGAGCAAGCGCUUCUUUAGGCUACAUAGUUCGAGAUAUCGUCACGACUUCACUCGCUCACUCCCGAGCUCUUUCCUCCGUGUAACUGCUAUGGGUGUCAAUAUAUUCUCAAACACCUGCCUCCGGAUCCGCAGUUGCAGUCAACUGGUGAAUUCGACCCCACUGCGCCUAAGUAUACGCAGUCUUUAGGAGGGCUACUAUGGGAUUCUAUUACCAGCGUAUCUAAAAUUUAGUUUCCUUAGGAUAAGUAUCCCCUAUCGCUUUCAGGCGGUCAAGCGGGACUUCCAAUUUGAAAGCAUCAUCUUCGCAGUUCUUCGUCGUUCGUCUUUCACCGUCUCUUCAGUACUCAUUCCAACUUCUGUCUGCCUAGCUCGUUCGC